AAAUAAAGAAAAACAAGACCCAAAUGAUAGCACCAUUUGUGGAAAAGAAUGUAUUUUACGCAGAUAUUACUAAAAUGAUGAUUGCAUGCGGAAUUCCACUUUAUAAAUUGAAGAGUGUGGAAUUCAAAUCAUUCUUUGAAAAAUACGUUCAGGAAUCCCUUCCCGAUGAAUCAACUCUUAGAAAAAAUUACGUGAAGGAUUGUUACGAGUCCGUUUUGCAGAAAAUUCGUUUAGAAAUAGGAGAAAGCCCCAUCUUUGUGUCCAUCGAUGAAACUACAGAUAAGGCAGGCCGCAGUGUAACCAACGUUAUUGUUGGACCGUUGCGUGAAAGCGGACGCGGCUAUCUCUUGACGGUGGAGGUGUUGGAUAAGGUGAACUCAUCAACAAUCGCAACAUUGUUUGACGAUUCUAUGCACAUUUUAUGGCCAAUAGGAUUCCAACGUGAAAAAGUGUUGGUAUUUGUGACUGAUGCAGCACCCUACAUGAAGAAAAGUGCGUCAUCAUUGAAGCUGCUUUAUCCUAAUAUGAUUCAUAUCACCUGCGUCGCACAUGGCGUACACCGGGUCUGCGAAUCUCUACGCUCGAAGUACUCAGAUGUUGACGUCUUAAUUUCAAACUUAAAAAAAGUUUUCUUGAAAAGCCCAUUCAGGGUGGCAGUUUUCAAAGAAAUGGAACCCAAUCUUCCUCUGCCUCCUCACCCGAAUAAUUGACCAAAUAACGGACGAUGCAGCAUGUGUCAGUUUCUCGAAGCAAUUGUUGAGCAAAAAAUCGGUUCAGGGGAAUUUGAUAUAUAUAAAAUGCAAUUUUGGUUUUCUUUUAGAGGAAAAAGUUUUCGAACGUCUACAGAAAACAGGUUGUGGAAAAACCAAAUUCUCAGUAAAAAAUUAAUAAUUCACAUACACUUUUUAUGUAAUUGUAGGAACUCCAGUUGGUGAGGUAUUAAAUAUUUUGGAUAACAUUGAGAAGCGGCUUAUAGAA